GGAAGCAGACGAGGCCUAUCAGGCCCGCAUGUUAGCCUGGAGUACCGAGACAAAGAAACGGGCAGAUGACGCUGCAGCAGCAGCGAAGAAGAAGGCCGAGGAUGCCGAGCAGGCACGUCUGCUGGCACUUGAACAACAGCGCCAGCACGACGAGGCAGCAGCAAGGGCUGCCGAUGAAGAAAGAACACAGCGUCGUGAGAAGAUAUUCACCGGAGAGCGGGCAUUACUUACCAUGGCAGGAGAAUGGCGAAGCGAGGCCGAGAAUAGCCAGUUGGAGGAUAGCGCAAACAAGAUAGCGCUCCUCCUCUCGCAUCUCACGGAUCUCCUGGCAACCUGCAUUACACAGCAGGCGGAGAUCCUUGCUCUCGACAACUCGGUAGCUCAUCUCCAAGACCGCCUUCCGCGGGUGGAGCAGCGACCAGUCGCCGCCGCCGAUGCAGGCUCUUCCAACACUGCCGACCGCCUCACCGCGUUGGAGAUGCGCGUCGGCUCCCUCCAGGAUGGCGCACAGUUACAGCAGACCACGACGCAACAAUUGCAGCAGCGGAUCUGCACUACAGCCACCACCUCGAGUCCGGAGCCGCGCGAGACAGCUCCUAAGUUCGAUGGGCAAGAGAUCUUCCACGAGUCAAUCAAGACAGAUCCAAUUCCAUGGUUUUGCAAGUUCGAGCUCACGCUGCAGCUCCACAACGUCAAGGAAAACAAGCACCACGCUUACUUGUACUCUCGCUCAGGGGGCGCGUGUCAGGCGUGGUUGGACAACUUGUUGUCCAAGUACGGAGUGGUAGCAGCGGACUUGCACACCAUGAUCAGCUGGGAUGAUCUGAAGGCGGCGUGGCACAAGCGGUUCCAGGUGGAGCCGCCAGAGAUCAAAGCCAUGGACAAGUGUUGCAUACCCGAGGAGGAGCUUGAGGUACUCCGCGCACAACUCGAUGAUUUGUUGGCCAAGGGCUGGAUCCGCCCAAGUAGCUCCCCAUAUGGAGCACCAGUUCUCUUCGUCAGGACGAAGCACAAGGAUCUACGAUUGUGCAUCGACUACCGCAAGCUCAACGUGCAAACCGUCAAGAAUGCGGGGCCUCUUCCUCACAUCGACGAUCUUCUCGAGCGUCUGGGCGGUGCGAAGUAUUUUUCCAAGCUCGAUUUGAAAUCAGGAUAUCAUCAAAUCUCGAUUCAACCGAAUGAUCGCUACAAAACCGCAUUCACGACGCGGUACUGGCAUUUUGAGUGGGUGGUCAUGCCUUUUGGCCUCACCAACGCCCCAACGACAUUCCAGGCGGCGAUGACCAAUGAGUUCCGUGCAAUGUUGGACCGGUUCGUGCUGGUCUACUUAGACGAUAUUCUCGUCUACGGCCGGACAUUGGCGGAUCAUCUUGGACAUCUUCGACGAGUGUUGGAGACGCUCUGCCGUGCCAAGUACAAGGCCAACCGCGACAAGUGCGAAUUUGUUCGGCAAGAGCUGGAAUACUUGGGCCAUUUUGUCACACCGAAGGGCAUGAGUCCGUUAUCGGACAAGAUUCAGGCCGUCCAAGAGUGGUCGGAGCCUCGGAACGUCGUGGAUGUCCGCUCGUUCUUCGGUCUUACCAGCUACUAUCAGCGCUUCAUCAAAGGCUACUCCAAGAUCGCGGCCCACUUGAACAAGCUUCAGUGCGAGGAUCGGCCGUUUGACUUUGGAGAGGAGGCGCGGGGAUCAUUCCUCACUCUCAAAGUCGCACUAUUGUCUGCGGAGGUCUUGCGGAUAUACGACCCGCUCGCGCUUACACAUGACACUACGGAUGCGUCAGGCUAUGGCAUUGGUGCAGUCCUCGAGCAACAUGAUGGUGUGGACUGGCACCCGGUCGAGUACAUCAGCAAGAAAGUGCCACUCGUGCAUUCCAUUGACGAUGCACGCAAGGAGUUCCUUGCCUUUGUCCACGCGCUCAAGCGGUGGCGGCACUUCCUCCUUGGUCGAAGCCAAUUUCGCUGGGUGACGGACAACAAUCCGUUGGUCUUCUACAAGACCCAAGACACCGUCAACAGCACCAUCGCUCAAUCGAUGGCUUUCAUCGACCAGUUCGACUUCUUUCCCGAUCAUAUUCCCGGGAAGUCGAACCGUUUUGCGGAUGCUCUUUCACGGCGUCCGGAUCAUUGUACCGCGGUCUACUCAACCUCAGAGAUCGAUGACGACCUGCGGAACAGUUUCAUCAGCAGCUACCAAGCCGACCCCGAGUUUUGCGACAAGUACGCGAAUUGCUCCUCUCCUACUCCGGCUCCUUCUCACUACCGGAUCCAAGAGGGGUACUUGUUUGUCCACACGCGGGGGAAGGACCUUCUUUGCGUACCAAGUGAUCCUCACUUGCGUACACGGCUUCUUGGCGAGUUCCACGAUGCUCCCGCCACCGGACACUUUGGAGUCAAUCGCACGAUUGGCCGAUUUCGACAACGAUUUUGGUGGCCCGGCCUUCUUGGCGACGUCACGCGCUAUUGCGAGUCAUGCGAGGUUUGCCGACGCUGCAAAUCCCGCAACCAUCGUCCGUACGACGAGUUACGACAAUUGCCAGUCCCGUUGAGGCGAAGGGAAGCGAUUGCCAUGGACAUUACCGGCCCGUUCCCCAAGCACAAGACCGGAGUGGAUGGGAUUCUUACGGUGGUCAACCGACUCACCAAGUUCGCCAUGUUUUUGCCUUGUCGCUAUCACGCCAAGGCACCGGAGUUGGCCGAGGUUCUUUACGCCGGUUGGAUUCGAACCAAGGGUUACCGCAAGGAGAUCGUCUGCGACCGCGACACUCGAUUUAUGUCCGAUUUUUGGUUGGCGCUCAUCAAGCGAUGGGGCUCAUCUCUCGAGCCCAAUUCAGCUCGCCACCCUCAGACCGAUGGCCAGACGGAGAGGGCGCAUCAGACCGCACAGGUUCUUCUUCGCACUCUCAUCCGCCCUGACCAGAAAGACUGGGUUGAGCAACUGUCGGACGUCGAGUUGGCCUACAACUCUUCCAUCCACCCGGCUAUUGGGAUAUCACCCUUCGAGUUCGAGCACGGCUCGCCGGUCAUGUCACCGUUGGACACUAUUACUCCACGCACGGCCGAGAGCGACGACCAUCUUCUUUUCUUGCGCGGAUCCGACACCGGCGGAGGAAGAAAGGAGUCACCUGGCAGACCUGAUGCUGUGAUGCGGGCGGUAAUGUGGACCAAUACGAUGUUAACGGUGCAGAUACACGAGGGCAGACAGCUGCAACAGACUCAGCAGAAAGAUGCUGCAGCCUUAACAGCCGCUGUUCGCACUGCCGCCACACAUCAGCAACAACAGCAACAGCUGUUGAGCACCACCACUGCACGCGUCAACAACAUCGAGGCUAAGGCCUCAGCAGCGCCAGGCUGCACGACUGACACGGCGAAACAGCUCAACGAGCGCAUCGACCAUGUCGUCAGUCUAAUCGGCGAACUAGAGGAUUUCACCAGUCCGGCUACGAUCAGCAGCACAGUGGCCACCAUCAAGACGGACAUCACCAAGCUGCAGUCGCAACCGGCAGCAGCUGCGAAGGUAUACAAGAUGCCACGCUUCAACAUCGGCAAGUUCGAGGACUACAACAAGACAGACGCUUUGACAGGGUGGCAAGCCUUCCUCACUGAAGCGUCCUGCCACAAGGUCCCAGCCGAAGACAUGAUGAAGGCAAUAUACCUCCAACUCUUCGGAGGUGCGCAGGCGUGGAUGAACCACCUCGCAGUUAACAAGAAAACCACUAUCGCCGAGCUACACAAACACCUCACGUGGGAGGAUUUUGAACAGCUGUGGUUCACCCGAUUCAUGGUCCGCAACGUUGUAAAGGCGGCCAUGAACGAGGUCUACACUUGUUCACAGGGAAGUAUGCCAACUCGAGACUGGACGAUUAAGUGGCAAAAGAUAGUGACCACGCCAGGCUUCGAUUUGAGUUUUACAAACCAACGAUCCGAGUUCUUCUCACGUUCGUGUGCAGGACUGCGAACCGCACUCGGCAACGAGUACGAUUAUGCCUCAUUCCAGGCUAUUCUGGAUCGUGCGAACCUGGUCAUCCAAACGGGCGACAAGGCCGCCAACGAAAAGCAGUCCCAGCAGCACUAUGUGGCUAAGCAGGGCUACCAACGACCGGCACAUAAUAAUGUCGUGAUUUCUGAAGAAACAGUUGAUCUCCACGCUGCAGCAGCAUCCUCGAGUGAUGGAGGAAUUGUCGCAGCGCUCCCGUCGAAGCGUCCCAAGAGAGUUCGGAAGAACAAGGCGACACAAGCGACGACAUCGACGGGAACUGGGCAGCAGCCAUGGACGGCAUACAAGAUAACCAAGGAAGUAUAUGACCUUCGUCAACGGAUCGAGGAGAACGUGGAUCUGUUGACCGCUGCAGUCCCGCUCGACUGGGUGCGCAUUCUGCGCAGAGGACCGUGGCUGAAGGAAGGAGACAGGGUAGCUGCCCCAGGGGACCCGGAAAGCGUAGGCAAUGUGGUGGAGGUGGAGGCGGGAGCGGAGGAGAACUGGCGGGGGAAUGCCAAAGGACAAGUGGCAGAGGAAUCCCAAGGGAUGGGGGGAGGCGGAGGGGAGGGGACCGGCGGGCAGAGGUGGAGGCGAGGUGGCCCCCAAGCGGAGAAGAGGUGGGUGCGCAGGGAGGAGAUGGUGGGCGGUGGUGGAGGGGAGGUGGGCAAAGGCGGAGAGGAGAUGGUGGGCAGAGGCCAAGAGGAGAUGGUGGGCGGUGGCGGAGGGGAGAUGGCUGGAGGAGGCGGAAGGGAGGUAGGGGCCCGCGGAAGGCGGGAGCCGGUGGCGGAGUCGAGGUGGGCAGGUGGGAGGGCCCGUUAGACUUCAAUGCAGCAAAAGCGUCGGCCUGCAACGGCCCCUAUUUCCAAAGGGCGCGCCGAUCCAGGCCGCCCGCAG